CUCUACCACACAGAACAUGAUCAAUUCCAUUUGAUUGGUUCAAGAACCGAAGCACGCGUUAAUGGAGGGCAUCGAUUGAAAGCACAGCUGUAAAUCAAUCAUCUCUGUGCUCAUUGUGACCCCAUUUGUCCCCUUAAACCAAACCCCCAAACCAAAACCACUUCAAUUAUUCCCUUCUGCAUCCAAAACUCUCCUUGCAAGCAACUUGCUACUGAGAAUGGCUUCUUCUUCACUUCUCAGCAAGCUCCUUUUGCUCCUUUUCAUAUCUUACAUUGUGUUGUGGAGCUCGAAAGUGGAUGCCCAAGUUGAAGAGACAAGCUUGAAGCUGAUGAGAGAUGCUUUGGAAUGGCCGCUUUCUGUGUCACUUUACAGUGACUUAAACGACAAUGAAGGUGAAGAAGAGGUAGAUGGUGAAGAGGAAACUGGGCAUAGUCGUAGAUCUUUGUUUUGGACGAGAAUGAGGUAUUACAUUUCGUACGCGGCGCUUUCUGCUAAUAGAAUCCCAUGUCCCCCAAGAUCAGGAAGGUCUUAUUAUACCAACAACUGUUUCAAGGCACAUGGACCAGUCCACCCUUACUCUAGAGGAUGCUCCAGGAUUACCCGCUGCAGGAGAUGAGGUUUUCUUUUUUGUUUUUCUUUUUAGAGGAUGCUUUGGGUUUGUACUAUUUUUAUGUGUAUUUUGUGAGAACUAUGGAGGAAUUGAGUGUUGAGGUUUCGGGUUUUGCCAUUUUUGUGAGUUUUUGUUUCUUGUUUUAAUAUGUGGAUUAGCAAUGUAAUUAUGAACCUAUGAUGUGUGAUUUGGUUAA